AUGCUGAGAAGACACGGAUUAUUCUGGUUAAAGACAUGUCCCCGUCUAAAUGUUCUUCAAAGACAGUGCGUACCCAUAUCACAUUUACUUGAUAAUCGCAUUGGUUGCCAGCAAAGGUGGUAUGCAAAGGGAAGGAGAAGAAGCCUGGAUUCCAAAAAAGAAAUGAAACCACUAAAUUUUUCCAUUCCAAACUACAUUUCUGUGAAUAAAUUAGCUAAUUUAUUGAACUGUCGUGUGGAAAAACUAAUAAAAGAUUUGACAGCAUUAGGUUUCCAAAAUAUCACAACAACUUAUAUAUUAUCAAAAGAAUACGUCGAACUAAUUUUACAGGAAUACAACUUUGCCCUUCCGAGCCUCUCCACGUCCACGAAUAUAGAUAAUGUUUAUGAGGAGCUAAAGUCUCCUGUAAAUCCAAAAUUAUUAACCAAAAGACCUCCCGUGGUGACUAUAAUGGGCCAUGUAGAUCAUGGUAAAACAACUAUUGUCGAUUAUCUACGGAAAUCCUCUGUAGUCGCUCAAGAACAUGGUGGGAUCACACAACAUAUUGGUGCCUUUCAAAUAAUAACGCCGAAGUCUGGGAAAAAGAUCACAUUUUUAGAUACUCCUGGUCAUGCUGCCUUUCUGAAAAUGAGAGAAAGAGGUGCAAAUAUCACGGAUAUUAUUGUCCUGGUAGUUUCUGUUGAAGAUUCUGUUAUGCCGCAGACGUUGGAGGCCAUAAAACAUGCGAAAAAAUCAGGAAAUGAGCUAAUAAUUGCAAUAACGAAAAUAGACAGAAUUCCGCGGCCUAAGGAACGUGAGAAGAAGAUCGAAAAGGUUAUUAAUGACUUGAUUGUUCAAGAUAUUGCAGUGGAGAAAAUCGGUGGAGAUGUUCAAGUAAUCCCUAUAAGUGCGAAAACAGGUGAGAAUAUGGAUCUUUUAGAGGAAUCAAUCGUGCUUUUAAGUGAAGUGAUGGAUAUAAGAGCUGAAAACUCCCCUAGAACUAUUGUAGAAGGUUGGAUUAUUGAGAGCCAAGUUAAAAAACAAGUCGGAAAUGUAGCUACCGUUCUAGUUAAGAAGGGUACUCUACAAAAAGGAAAAAUUUUGAUCUGUGGCAAUACAUUUUGUAAGAUCAAAAACUUAAUUGACGAUAAAGGUACACCAAUUUCUAAAGCAACACCAUCAUAUGCUACCGAAGUUCUCGGCUGGAAGGAUGUUCCGCAUGUUGGUGAUGAGGUUAUUCAAGUUAAGAGCGAGGCAAUUGCCAAAAAGUUCAUCAGUAAAAGGCAGGACCUUGUUGAAGUUCAGAAAAACUCUAGCAUUGUUGAGAGAUUGAAUGAAGAAAGAGCUCUAGCGAAGGAGCACCAUGCUAUUGAGGAAAAAAAUGAAGGAUUGCAAAAGGAGGAUGCUGCUCCGGAUCGUGAUCAAAAUAUUCUCCCUAAAAAUAUCAAUUAUAUCAUUAAAUGUGACGUGUCCGGCUCAGCUGAAGCAGUUUCUGAAAGUAUCUCUUCAUUAGGAAAUGAUGAAGUGAGAUGUAAUGUCAUUUCUUCUUCUGUUGGUAUUCCCACCGAGAGCGACUUAAAAAUGGCGCAGAUUACAGAUAGUGUAAUCCUAUGUUUCAACUUAGGUAAACUGCCAAGUGAAGUGAUCAACAACCGGGCUGGGAUCGAAGUAAAACAGUACAAUGUUAUCUAUAAAUUAAUCGAGGACGUAACUGAAACGUUAACUGAAAAUUUAAAACCCAUCUUUGAAAAAAAAGUUAUUUCAACAGUUGAUAUUCGUGAAUCGUUUGACUUUAAGUUAAAGAAAAAAGUAAUCAAAAUCGCAGGAUGCAAAGUAAACAACGGUAGCAUCAAGAAGAACUCCUUGGUUCAAGUAGUCAGAGGUCCCAAUGAUGAUGUCAUUUUCGAUGGAGCUCUCUCGACUUUGAAACACAAUAAGGAUGAUGUAGCAGAAGUUUCAAAGGGACAUGAAUGUGGGAUUACUUUUGAGGACGGUUUUGAGGGGUUUGAACCCGGUGAUAGAAUCCUGGUUUAUGAAAACGUGAAAGUUCCUCGUUACUUGUGA